UGAAAAUAGAACUCUUCAACUAGGCUAUCUUGCGAAACAAGUACUGCUGGAGGUUUCAGUUCAGUGUGUUCUUUGCUAAAUUUGCGAUAAUGGAGGUUGGUGCAAACCAAAAUCUACGACAUGAUCGAAUGAGUGAUAUUCGGAGUAUUGGAAGCAAUUAUUACCCAUCCAGCCAAUCUAGGAAGAUCUCUAUUGGGGUUGUGGUUGACUUAGUCACCAAGAAAAAAUCUGGACCUGCAAAGGAAGAUAAGGUCACAGUGCUAGGUGCAGAAAAUAUGAAUCCUAAUGUGGAGAAUUCCAUCGAAGUGAGAAAGAAGGGGCAACGAGUCACAACUCCUGGUAAAGGGAAACCAACAGACACUCUGGAGCAAGAGAGUUCCCCAUGGAUUACUACUAGAUCACUUUACCAGCAAGCACAUGCUCCAGAGACCGUUCUUCAUGCACAACCAGCCACUAGUGGCUGUCAAAACAAGUUUAAUGGACAAAAUAAUGAAAUGGCAGCACGCUCGGUUCAAUCUUUUGUGAACAAGACAUCAAUUCUACAACCUGGUGAUGGCAAGCAGAACACGUUUGAUGGGUUUAGCUACAAAAGGAAGGGAGUGAAGGAUGGAACCACAGAAAUGGAGGAAUUUACCUUUGCAACUACACAAAAAGUUGAUGCGUCCAACAAAAUGGCAAUAGAGGAUAAAGCAGGUAAAACAGGAAACAAGACCGAAUCUUUGAGAAUGAAGCUCUGGGAAAUACUGGGAAAUGUUUCUUCCCCUACAAAUGAGUAUUCAAACUCUCAGAGACAUAAGGUUGGUGCCAAUGAUAUAGAGCCGGGGCAGAAUUUUGAUCGGAAGGUCGGUACGGUUGUCAGGCGUGGACAUAAUUCAGAUACAAUAGAAACUGAUUCUGAAGCUUCUGAUCAUGCUAGUACGAGACCUGUAACUCAUACUUUGAUCCGAAAAGGAGCACCACUGAAAGUGCAAGUUAAGGUGACUACAUGUGGUCCAUCCACUGGUUACAUGCAGAAGCACAAACAGAAGAACUUUUCUUUGGAUGAAGGAUGGUCGGGGAGAGUAAAUAGUGCUGUCAAUGGUGGUUCCUCAAAGCUUAUGAGGAAGAACAUUGAGAGUAUUAGAGUUAAGCCACGCAAGAUUGUAUUUCCUAAAACGGAUAAUACAGAUAAGAUUCAGGAAACAAGUUAUAGGAGUGAAACAACAGUUCCUGCUGAGAAAACAUUUUCACAUGGCAAUAAAAUGGAAGAUAUUCAUGAUUGCGUAUCUGAGGAUGAGAGAGAGUGGUUUGGACCGGAGAAUAAAAUCCUAGAGCAAAAUUCGCAUCAACCGCCAUUGACAGACAAGGCCGGUCAGCAGGAGUUCAAAAGUCCAGGAAAUGGGGACCGACAAGACAUCGUUAAUCCUUCUUUACAAGACAUUGCCAAUCCGUCCUUACAAAAUGAUGUGGAACCACAAGAUACUUUCCAAAGUCCCCGAUUUAAAACGCCCUUCUCAAGUUCUACCCCUACCUCAACGCCAAAUACGGACCAACUAGUAGAUAAUUCCCAUUCGUCAUCUCCAAGAAGUGACCAACUGGUAAAUGGUGUCAGCAAUCCUGCACCUGCAGGGAGAAUAAUUACCAUGGGAGAUAUUCGUAGCUUCAGUACUUUGCAGACUUCAAAUAGACAGACAGACUUUUUGGGUGAUGCAGGGGAGCUUAAAAGUUCUCCACCCAUGGAAUCCGUGGCUACUAUUGAAGAGAAAGAUACAGAAGAUGAUUUGUCUGAAUCAUCAGCUGAAGAGAGGGACUGUAAGAGUUUGGAAGAGGGUUCACCCAUCAUUGAAGCAUAUACUGGUUGCGGAGAAAGAGAUACAUUACAUUCAGAACCCGGUGAUGCCGAUCAGCCAAAAUUCAUGCUCCAUUCAACCAAAAGGCUCUGGACCUGUGAAGGCAUUAGAUUUGAUAAUAUUAAUCCCACCUCAUCCUCUCCAAAAGGGACUGGAGAAAGCAAUUGGAUCCAAGAACCUUUAGAGGAGAGCCAAGAGGAUGAACUGCUGAGGGCUAUCAAACUCUUUGCCUUGGAACUACAAAAAACUCAAAGCAAAAUAAAGUCAGAGACCACAAAAAAAUCAUCUAGAAUCCUAAUGUCCAUUUCUGAUGGAAUAUAUUUUCAGCUGCAGAACCUUGAGUCUCAUAUUCAGAAAGACGUAGGAAAGAUCACAGCCCUCAGUAAAUCAAAAAGAAAACGGGUUGAAGGGAAACUUGAAGAGAAACGAAAAGAAUUGAAGUUGAUUCAUGAAAAUUUUAAAGAAGAUAUUAAUCGGCAUCUCCAGGACUACAGAAGCGCAUUGGAAGGGCUGGAAACACACCAUAUAGAGCUUAAGGGGACCAUGGAGAAGCAAAAAGCAUCACACCGGAAGCUUCUCUUGCAAGUGGAAGAAGCUCUUGAAGCCCAACUUAAUGAUGCCCAAAGAAGAAUCGCAGCCAUCCACGAGUUGGCAAGAGGAAAGACGCUCCAAUUGAAAGGCGUGAUAUCAUUGUGUUUGAAGGAUGGCAUUCUUAGUUGAAAGGAUUUUCUACUGCUAUCUAGGAAAGACAGGGACUUCGCCUAGAGUUAAAAGAGUCCCGAGGACAUUCAUCCAUGCUUACAAGUGACCAUCUAAGCCUUUGCAUCUCGUAGGGGUGGAGAAGGUGCUGACAAGGUGUUCGGAGUGCUGUGUUGUAUGCAGAAGAAGAGGGAAGCAGCAGUUAGCCGUUAUUAAGGGAAGGAGGAAACGGUGUCGUCUUGUAAUUGAGGAAAGAAUUAAGUGGAACGUUGCCGUUUAUCUUAAUGGUCUGUUCUGUGAAUAAAUAGAACGCUGUCGUUUUAGCUUAAUGGUCUGUCAUGUGAAAAAUAGGACGUUGUCGUUUUGUAAGAGUUGUGUUUUGUAAUGUUGUAAUACGAUGUCGUAUAAUGAAGAAGUAUAAAUACAGUGAGUGGAGGGAAAUUCCUCAACUCAGAUCAUUCAAUACAGUUA